GGGUAAAGCUCAACAAGAGGGUGAUAUCAAAAGUCUGAUGGAGAAAAUAGCGUCGAAGGAAGCAGAACUCAGAGAACUAGGAGAAAAACUAACGAAAUCUGAGCAAGAAAAGUCAGACGAGCUUGGCAAGGUAUGGGAGACAAUGACUGAGCUACAGUCAGUAAUUGAGGAUCGCGGAAAAUCUAUCGACAAGCUUGAAAAAGAGUUGAAAGACCAAGAGGCGAAACACAACAGACAGAAGAACACUCUCGGGCAGACGGUCGCUAAGAUGAAGGAAGUGAUGGAGAGGAAGGGAGGAGACGCGAAUAAAGUCAGCGCUAGGAUCGCUGAGCUCGAGAAAGAGCUAAAGUAAAAGACGAAGAGCGCCGAGAAGCUCGUCAAAGCGUCGGAGAAACGUGAAAAGGAAAUCGAUGCGCUGAAACGCGCGCUUCAAGACCAGGACCAGGUAAUGGAGGAACAACAAA